AUGGAAAGAUGUUAUUGUUCAUACAUUCCAGAUUUUAUUUCAUUUUGUUCUGCCGAUUGGAUUUCUCAUGUAAAAAUUAAUAAUAAAAUGGUUCAGCAAAAAAAUAGUAGCUCAACGGAUAUGUAUGAUAUGAUUGAUACAGUAAGGUAUUCUGUUGAUCAUAAAAAUAUAUUAAAAAAAUCUAAUAAAUUUAAUAAUCGUGAUCUUCCAAAUGUUAUUGUAACACCAUUAGAUUUUAAUAGUUGUGGAUUAAGUUGGUUAAGAGAAGAUGAUGAAUAUAUUUUAAUGAGUCAAAUGUAUUUUGAUAAGGUAUUAUACAUAAUAUAUUGUGAUGGUUUAAAAUUUGAUGGAGAUAAAAAAGAAAGCAUUGAAAAAAUAAAGUUAUGGAAUGAUACUAUUCCAUGUCCUUUGUCUGAAAUAAUUUAA